AACAAAUGUGCAUUGCAAGGAUAAACUUAUGGAGGAAUAUAUAAUUAAAUUCACAGGCUAUGGCAUCGUGAUGAUAUCAAUAUGCAUAUUUGGCAUCACUGCCAACAUGUUGAACUUAAUAGUGCUCUCAGAUCAGAAGAAGUUUUCACAGAGCUCUUACACAUACCUACGCGGACUUGCCUUGACAGAUAUGCUGAAUCUAAUUUUCUACCUGCUCAGUGGUUUAGCAAGAGGCAUUUUUCCAACAAACUGUGGAUGGAUGUUCUACGAACUCUACAUAUACUAUCCAAUUGGAACUAUGUCAUCAAAUGCUACCAUGUUACUUACUGUGCUUCUAGCUUUUGAGAGAUACUGCUGGAUUGCCCACCCUCUGAGGAUGAGAAAGUACUGCAACAGAAAAAUUGCCUUCAGGGCUACACUGGUUGCUUCCACUUUCUGUAUUAUAUUCAAUCUACCCAGAUUUUUUGGAUACUAUGUUGAAUGUCACAUUAACUUGAAUGACUCCAGUAUUGCUGAUGACAACACCAGGCACCAUUAUUUCUACCAUGAAGUACAAUAUACAGACUUUGGGUCAAGUGGGUUUUUACAGGUAUACUACUGGAUACACCUGGUACCAAUUGUACUUGGCUCUUGCAUUAUUCUCAUUAUUUUAAACAUGCUUCUUAUAAAGCAUACUCACAGAGCUCGCAAAAGGAUACAGAACAUGACUUCCAAUGUUUUUCUACAUCGCGCUCAUGAACAGCAGCGUCUGACAGUUAUGCUGGUUGGAGUGACAUUUUUAUUUCUUAUGGGGGAGAUACCUUCUGCCUUAGCCAGUCGCCUGUUUGCAAGACUACUAUAUGGAGACAUAGACAACACAGAGUUUAUCAUUGUUAAUGUGGUAACUUCAAACCUGAAUGUUGUACAGUAUUCACUGAAUUUCUUCGUUUACUGUGUCAUAAACAGGAAGUUUAGAAAAGCAUGUCAAAAAAUGUUUUUGUGUAACCAAUCUAAUAGUAUUGUGCCUGCUGUGGCCUGAGGAAGACUUUUACCAUAUGUGCAAUGUAGGAUCUUAAUAAUCUUGUGACUUAAUAGAAAUUUCAAGAUGUUUAAAAAACCUCCGAGUUGUGUGCUUGAUUUGGAAUUACUUGUAAAAACAAGAUUUCAGCUGUGCUUUACAAGCUACAUUAUUGGAUACUAUUAGGUUAGAUGUACAACCUAACAAAAAGAAAGGGUAAUUAUCAAAAUACAAAAACCAAUGUUUUCUUAAGAGAUAUACCCAUUAACUAUUUAAUAUAAAUUUGAAACCAAACCUGAGGAAAUGACUUCCAGCAAAUUAAAAAAGCAACUUUAAAAUGACUGAAAAGCAUUCUUCCAUCAACAGCUCUUGAUU